ACUUUGGUUUGUUGCGCGAUUGGGACUUCACUGCAACGGCAUGACAGUACGGGCACUGGAGUUUUUUUCUGGCAUCGGAGGCAUGCAUUAUGGCCUGAAAUGGUCUGGAGUUGACGGGACAGUGGUCGCUUCCUUCGAUCUCAACCCGGUUGCAAAUCAAUGUUACACCUUCAACUGGGGUGUGAAUCCCAUCCAAGUAGGAAUUCACCAUGUGUCGGCCCAGACAGUUGAGUCAUUCGAUGCGAACUGUUGGCUUCUUAGUCCUCCUUGUCAACCUUAUACGCGGACCGGUAAACAACUUGAUGACCAAGAUGCCAGAGCGGAGGGGCUUCUCCAUCUUAUCGAAUUGCUAGCAAUAUUGAAGGAACCCCCUUUUUACAUCUUCUUGGAGAAUGUGGUAAACUUCGAAAAAUCCCGUAGUCGAGACUUGCUUGUGUCGCAACUUGUCCGCUUGGGUUACGAAUACUCCGAGUGGCUGUUAUCUCCUUUGCAGUUCGGAAUACCAAAUGAUCGCAUGAGAUACUAUUUGACGGCGCGCAGAACAGGUACCACGAAGGAGGUAGAGUCGCCGCCGGUCCUCAACCUCCGCACGACUUGGCCGUAUGAGAACUAUCAAGGACCACAGCCGCUAGCCGAUUUCUUGGAGGAUGACCCAACUGGUAAUAUAGCGGACAUAUAUGCGGUUCCCGAGCCUUUUGUGCGACGAAGAAGAGCUUUCAGCGAAGCAGCCAUUGUCACACCAUUCAGUACGCGAUCGUCCUGUUUCACGAAAGCAUAUGGUCAUCAUGGUCUAGGAGCAGGAUCCUUCUUACAAACGAAGGGCUUCGAUGGCGCCAAGUAUCUCGAUGAUCCCUCGACAGCGGUUGAGAAAUUGGGAUUACGCUUUUUUACCCCGACAGAAAUCGCCCGACUACAUGCAUUUCCAAUCGACGACCAAGCACCGAAACCCUCAAAUUCAUAUGCAAGCGACGUGACGUCACAAAGGCAGCAUAGCUUCGCUUUCCCACCAGACCUCAGCACUAUCCAACGCUGGCGGGUGCUUGGAAAUAGCAUGAAUUGUAAGGUAGUGGGUGAGCUGAUGCGCUGGGCGCUCUUUGGAAAUGGUGAACCUGAUAGGUGCGUGUAAAUCAACACCUUCAUCAGGUUCCGUUCAGUUUGGUAGCCCAAUUCAUUAUUAAUUAUAGGAUAGCUGAGGCCUUAGUUAUGCAGCUAUAACGACUAAUGCCCUACUACCCGUCUGUCAUCCCCGGUUUCAGCGUUCUGAUGACUGAAAUAAAGAAUUACAUAGCUUC